AUGGCCGGUGGUGCAGCCAAGUAUCGCCAUCUUAGCCGCAAGUCAUCGCACAGACAGGCCCUUCUUCGCAACUUGGUCACCUCUCUCUUCAAACAUGAGUCGAUCACAACAACAUGGCCCAAGGCCAAGGAGGCGCAACGGCUGGCUGAGAAGUUGAUCACAUUGGGCAAGAAGAAUACAGAAGCGAGCCGGAGACAGGCUUUGUCGGUUUUCUAUACUCCUCAUGAUCUCCUUCCUAAGCUCUUCGGACCCCUUCGGGAACGCUACGCCGAGCGUCCCGGUGGUUACACUCGAGUAUUACGUGUCGAGCCCAAGAAAGACGACCAAGCACCUAGCGCCAUCCUGGAACUCGUUGACGGCCCCAAGGAUAUACGCUUCGCGAUGACGGCACGCACCGUCGCCAGGCAACGGUCCAAGGGUCUGGACACUCUCAAUGAACUGACACGGUUGAACGUACAGAAGGUGACGCGGUUCCGAAAAGACGGCAUUGACGACUUGGAGCGCGAGAUUAAGAAGUUGGAGCUUGACGGCCGGAAGGAAGAGAAGGCUCAGAAGGCUCAGGAGAAAGGAGAGUCGAAGCAAUAG